CCCCCAUGACUUGUUUGACUCAGCUGAGGCAAGAGCUGAGUGCUAAAAGCCAAUUGAAUUCCGGUCUCAGUCGUCACUACACGGGCGUUAGUAGCACGGACUCCUUUGUUCUGUUAUUCUGUGAUCCGAGAAGUGGGUUUUUAAUAUAGAAAUACACGUUUUGAAGACGUGUCAACGCGACUAUUUAUGAAUAUGGAGGAACUAUCUCAGGAAACUCAGAUGGACAUUCACAGACCGUAUAUGGGAAGGAUGGAAAGGAGAAGGCAUGACAGUGAGCAGUCAUUAUGCAGCAUGCUAGAGUCCAACGAUCUGGAGGCGGCCGAAGCUCUCGUCUGCAUGAGCUCCUGGUUUCAGUCAUCCCAAAGACCCGGCAGCUUGAAAUCCCGCCCUCUGACCCCGGCUUCUGAUUCCUGUGACUCCCUCCAGCAUCCUGAACCACCAGAGACCCCUGGAGACUUUGUCUCGCUCUCUUCUUUGUGUAUGACACCACCUCACAGCCCCAGUUUUGCUGAGAUCACCUCCCACAUCCCAGUGCCUGCCUCACCCUGCCCUCUGAAAAAACCUUGCACCGGUGUCCUCAGUCCCAGACUCCAGCAACCUGCUGUGACCUCCUGUGCUGAGACUUCACCACCCAGGUGGUUUCCCACCACUGAAAAACCUUCCUCCCAACCCUGCAGAGCCAUGGCUACCAGCGUCAUCCGGCACACAGCGGACAGUUCAGUUUACCAGAACAUUCCACACGCUGUCCAGUGCCAACAAUCUGCCCCCACCCACAUUCAGCCACCAAAACAGCCAGAGGUUCACUUACCAGCCUCUUUAUCCUGCCAAUCUCACAUAUCCAGCACUGCAUCAGAAAUGUGUGUGAACAGCAGCAGCAGCAGCCAAUCUUCCAUUGAUAAGAUCUCUUCCAAAUCUUCUUCCAGUUCGCAACUUUCCACAGCCAGUCCACCCAUUAUAUGCCAGAUGUUCCCAGUGGCACAGCCAGGACUUAUUUCAGCAGCGUUUAUCCAGAGUCCAGCUCCAAAGUCUAUUCUUCCACAACCAAUUUUUGUUGGUUCUUCUGUUCCACAAGGCACUGUGAUGCUGGUGAUGCCUCGGGCCUCGGUGGCUCAGACACCACAGUGCCCACAGCAGGCGGUUGUGACCGUAGGCAACACCAAACUGCUGCCUCUGGCACCAGCACCUAUCUACCUACCCUCAGGGCAGAAUGGCACCACGCAAUCAGAGUUCUCCCGUAGGCGCAACUAUAUCUGCAGCUUCCCUGGCUGCAGGAAGACCUAUUUCAAGAGCUCUCAUCUCAAGGCACACCUUCGAACUCACACAGGUGAGAAGCCAUUCAGCUGUAACUGGGAGGGCUGUGACAAAAAAUUUGCACGCUCAGAUGAGCUCUCCCGUCACCGGCGAACACACACUGGUGAGAAAAAGUUUGUCUGUCCUGUUUGCGACAGACGCUUCAUGCGUAGUGACCACCUUACUAAGCAUGCUCGCCGUCACAUGACCACAAAGAAGAUCCCCUCCUGGCAAACAGAGGUGCGAAAUCUCAACAAGGCUCUGCCAAUCAGCAUGCUGUUACCAGCCUCAAAAUGAAUCUAACUGGAGUAAACUACUUCAGUCAUACAGAGACUCUUUAUUGGAACGAUAAGGCUGCUAAUUCUCAUGGACAAAUGUGGACAUGCACUGGACUCCCUCUUGUUUUCCAUUCUGCUCAUUUUGUACACUUUUUGCAAUGAACACAAUGUUUUGUUUACUCACUUGUUAUAAUCAUUCAUGCACUCAUGCAUUUUAUUUUUUUUUUGCCAAAGUCUUUGUACUAUAUUUGUCUUAAUUAUAUGUGUAUGUAUAAGUACAGUUGAGUUUUGUUGGAAAUAAAUGGCCUAUUCCUUACUGCCUAAAUACAGGAAAAUUAUGAAAACUCAUGGAUUUUACUUAUGGAAAAUGAUCUGAACUGUGCUAAUGAUAUCACUUUCCUUUAUUUAAUACUCAUUUUCAGUAAACUUUUGAUAAAUCAA